AUGCACGUCGCGCUCGCACGCCGCAGGUUUGUGUUCAGCAGCGCGCUAGACGUCACAGAGGCGGACCUGGACCUCUCUUUCGCCACAAACGUCAAGGGCUACACGUUUUGCAUCAAGCACGCCGGUCGCGCCAUCAAGGCGGCCGGCCGUGGCGGUGGGUCCAUUGUCAACCUCGCGUCCAUCUCGUCUUUCAUAGCGCAGCCGGGGUUCGUGCCCUACUCCGCCUCCAAGGGCGCCAUACUGCAGCUGACGCGCUGCUGCGCCCUCGACUUGGGUCAGCAUGGUAUCCGAGUCAACGCCGUCUGCCCAGGGCCGAUUUUAACGGAGGCCACUGAGAAGCACGCUCACUCACAGGGAAAGGCCCCUGAUCAGAUCAUGAAUGAGAUGAAGGGCGGCCUGAUCAUCCAGCGCAUGGGCUCGCCCGACGAGGUGGCGGGCGCGGUGGCGUUCCUGCUGUCGUCGGAUGCGUCUUUUAUCACCGGGGCGGUGCUCAUGGUGGACGGGGGGAUGACGGCGCUGUAA